AUGGCGCCAUUGAAGACGCUGCUGGCUUUAGCCACUCCGGCACUCCUGCCCCUGGCUUGGGCUAAACAGGUGCAAUUCGAGUUGAACCUGACGUGGCAAAAAGGAGCACCUAAUGGCAAUGUCCGUGAUAUGAUCUUUAUGAAUGAUCAAUUUCCUGGACCCGAGCUGCGAUUUGACCAGGGCGAUGAUGUUGAGGUCGUGGUCAACAAUAACAUGCCCUUCAACACCUCGAUCCAUUUCCACGGCAUCGAACAGCAUGGCACCCCAUGGUCGGAUGGUGUCCCAGGUUUGACGCAGAAGCCGAUUCAGCCGGGUCGCAGUUGGACAUAUCGCUGGAAGGCUACUCAAUAUGGAACCUACUGGUACCAUGCUCAUGCUCGAUCAGAAAUGAUGGAUGGCUUAUAUGGGCCAAUUUGGAUCAACCCGGCUCCUGAUGUCUUGGAUCCGUUCCAUCUGAUUUCAAACAAUCACGAUGAUAUUCAAGCUAUGCGAAAGGCGGAAAAAGACCCUCAGCUGGUCAUGUUGUCAGACUGGGACCACCUCACAGCCGCUGAGUAUCAGCAGGUGCAACAGGAUACUCGUGUCAAUAUCUUCUGCAUGGACAGUGUUCUUGUCAAUGGACGAGGUGCGGUAUAUUGCCCUGGAACUCAGAACAUCUCCGCGGUUGAACUUUCAUAUCUCAAGACUGCGAUUGACAACCAACCGCUGACCGACAAGGGCUGCCUACCCAACAUUUACGAAACCCAAGGAAACUUCCCACCCACAAACCCAGAGCGUAUUCCUGAGGGUCUUAACUCGGGCUGUGUUCCUACAACUGGCCUUCACGAGAUCAUUGAGGUUGAUCCUAAUAACCAAUGGGUUGCUCUCAAAUUCAUUAGCGCUGCUUCAAUGAAGGCGUUGAUGUUCUCCAUCGACGAACACCAGAUGUACAUCUACGAAGUCGAUGGAAGCUACAUCGAGCCACUCCCUGCUGAUAGUGUCACCAUUUUCAAUGGUGAGCGCUAUUCCGCAAUGGUCAAGCUUGAUAAGACGUGGAAGGACUACACCAUUCGAGUUCCCGACACACAGGGUGAUCAGGUUAUCUCCGGCUUUGCCACGAUGCGCUACAAGGGCUCAUCAAACACCGAGCCUUCAAAGCCUUCUGUCAACUACGGCGGGCAGAGUACCUCUGAUUCCGUUGUCCCUCUGAACCAGAGAGCCAUGAAGCCUUAUCCACCAGUUUCCAUUCCCCAACAUGCCGACCAGCUCGUGAACCUCACACUCGGCCGGUGGGGUUCUGCUUACACCUGGACCGCUGCUGGAAAUGCACUCUAUGACGUUAUGGCAAAUUGGGACGACCCAAUUCUCUACGACCUCAACGCUAAGAAUAAUCUGGCUGAACAGGUCACCAUCCAGACCAAGAAUGGGACAUGGGUCGACCUGCUUCUGCAGCUGGGAGAGAUGCCGGGCGCUCCCGCCAUUCAAGCUCCCCACGUUAUGCACAAGCACUCCAACAAAGCCUUCAUCCUGGGUGUAGGUCCCGGCUUUUUUAACUGGUCCAGUACUGAGGAGGCUUAUAACGAGCGCCCUGAUCUGUUCCAGUUGGACAAUCCUCAGAGGCGAGACACUUUUAUCACAAAUGGCCCCGCGGGCCCAACAUGGAUGAUGCUGCGGUACCAGGUGGUUAACCCGGGACCAUUCUUGUUCCACUGCCACAUUGAAACCCACUUAUCCAACGGCAUGGCUGUUGCUUUGCUGGAUGGUAUUGAUGUGUGGCCCCAGGUUCCUCAAGGGGAGGACCAAAGCCCAGAUGCAACACAGGCAGUCGGCUAA